AUGGGCGAACCAAACAUUAACAGAAAAUCCUGGGAGUCAUUUUCAUCUGGAUUCUCCAAUCUCGAGAUCUCGAUCUCUCAGGACAGCUGUUACGCCUCGGAUGAGGUUUCGGUUGCUUCGAACAACCCGAAUACCACGGGAAAACCGACUUCCUCAUCCUCAUCCUCGACACCUGCCUCUGAUUCAUCUCAUCGUACCUAUCCAAAGUCUAUUUUGAAGAAACCAUCCACGGAUCUUGAAGAAGACUCAGAAUGCGAAUCAGGAUACGGGUCUGAUGCGUCUGACUUUGGUUACGAUGCUCUAUCCGAAGAAAGCGAUGACGAUGACGAGGAUAUGUACGAAGUCGCAGCUUGGGACGACGCCUCGGACAUCAUGUCAGACACCUAUGAUGACGAUGACGAUGAUGAAUCCCUUGAUGGUUCAUUCAUUGCGUUCGAAUUCGAAUCUAUGGUCAGAUUUGACACAAAUGUGCACUAUAUUGAAGCACCAGAACCUUCUGAUGACGAAGGCCCCGAUACUGAAAUGACCUGUCAUGAGUUGAUGGAGCUGGCUCGAAAUUCGGGCAGCCUUCAACUUGUUGAGACAGAAUACCCGUCAGCAGACCUCAUGGAUGACGGCGAGGAUGACCACAACCAUGGCCCCAAUGCAGACAGGCCCGAAGAACAUACACGCGAUGUCGUUGAUCUUGACAAACGCAUCUUCGUUGCUUACAUGAACGGCAUCAACGGGAUUGCCGAUUCCCAAUACAAAUCACACCUUCGUGCCCGGGUGGACGAGAUCAAAAUGGGCCGGACACAGCCCCAGCCCAUGGAAGCAAUCAGCACCAAUGGUGUCUAUCUUGAACAUGUGCUGAAUCAUGUUAUUGGCGUAUUCGGCAAUCUAGUGGCCAAAGAAGAGCUUGAUGAGCUGGUCCACAUCAGCGAAGAGAAGGGAGCUCAGGUCCCUUCGGAACAGACCGAAAAUUCCAACCAAGCUCUCUUGGGCAAAAUCGAAUGCCUCCUUUCAGAGAGGCUGGCCAAUGACCAAGUUGAUGUUGGCGAGGACGAGCUGAGUUUUUUUGCAGGCGGCGUUGCCUGUGCCCUCGAAAACGGGAAUAUCUGCGCCUCAGAGUGA